AACAGAAAGCUUAAAUCCAGACUAUAAAGCAUGACGGAUACAAUGUCUGCUCAUAUGGAUCGACAUAAUAAGCUAGAUUAUGAUGGCUCGGAGGAUGAAAAGAAGACAAAGCUUUGUUCCCUGAAGAAGAAAGCAAUCAAUGCCUCCAACAAAUUCAAACACUCUUUCACCAAGAGAACUCGAAGGAACAGCCGAGUCAUGUCUGUCUCUAUCGUUGACGACAUUGAUCUUGAAGAGCUUCAAGCUGUUGACGCUUUCCGUCAAGCUCUUAUCUUGGACGAGCUCCUUCCUUCCAAACACGAUGAUCAUCACAUGAUGCUUAGGUUUUUGAGGGCAAGGAAGUUUGAUCUUGAGAAAGCAAAGCAAAUGUGGACUGAUAUGAUCCAUUGGAGGAAAGAGUUUGGUGUUGACACAAUCAUGGAGGACUUUGAUUUCAAGGAAAUAGACGAAGUCCUCAAGUACUAUCCUCAAGGUUACCAUGGUGUUGACAAAGAGGGAAGGCCUGUUUACAUUGAGAGGCUUGGCCAAGUGGAUGCCACUAAGCUGAUGCAAGUCACUACCAUCGAUAGGUAUGUCAAGUACCAUGUGAGAGAGUUUGAGAAGACUUUCAAUAUCAAGUUACCAGCUUGCUCCAUUGCUGCCAAGAAGCAUAUUGAUCAGAGCACCACCAUCUUGGAUGUGCAAGGCGUGGGGUUGAAGAACUUUAGCAAGGCUGCUAGGGAUCUUCUUCAGCGUAUCCAGAAGAUCGAUAGCGACAACUACCCUGAGACAUUGAACCGUAUGUUCAUUAUCAACGCUGGUUCUGGAUUCAGGCUUCUGUGGAGCACUGUGAAAUCUUUCCUUGACCCAAAGACCACCGCAAAGAUUCACGUUCUUGGCAACAAAUACCAAAGCAAACUGCUUGAGAUUAUCGACUCCAAUGAACUUCCUGAGUUCUUGGGUGGUAAUUGCACUUGUGCAGACAAAGGUGGAUGUAUGCGUUCAGACAAAGGUCCAUGGAACGACCCUGACAUCUUCAAGAUGGUUCAAAACGGAGAAGGGAAGUGCCCAAGGAAGACAUUGUCAAACAUUGAAGAGAAGACAAUCUCAGUGGACGAGAACACAACAAUGAAAUGUGAUUCCUUUGCGAAGAACAAAUUCGAUGCAGAGAACGCGAAAUUCAUACCGAUGAUUGACAAAACUGUGAAUGCUUCUACUUGGCCUGCAAAUCUCCACAAGUCAAACUAUCCCGAACCUGAAGAUUUAUACUCUGCGGUGAAGCCAUCGCAGAGGAGAGGAGGAGAAGGAUAUUUAUUCGGCGGCGUGAUGUCGUUGAUGAUGGGGAUAAUGACCGUUGUGAGGCUAACGAAAAACAUGCCAAGGAAGCUCACUGAGGCCGCGAUUUAUGGUGGCGAAGCGGAGAAAGCAGAGACUACAAUGGUGUCAAACCAAGAGUAUAUGUCGAUGGUGAAGAGAAUGGCGGAGCUGGAGGAGAAAUGUAGGUAUUUGGACAAUCAGCCGGCAGCCUUCUCGCGGGAGAAAGAACAGAUUCUCACCGCCGCUCUUAGCCGUGUCGACGAGCUUGAGCUUCAGUUGGCUCAGACCAAAAAGACACUGGAGGAAACCAUGGCUACGCAGCAUGAGAUAAUGGCUUAUAUCGACAAGAAGAAAAAGAAGAAGAAGUUCUUCGGAUUCUGAAAGACUUGAUAAUGCCUCAAGACUAUGAAGAAACCUGGAAAUAAAUAAUUAUUAUACAU